UUCGGCACACAAUAUCAAUUUCAACGGUCCAAGACGUUCAAUCAACCUCGUGAACCGUAAAACUCAAAAGAAACUUCUUGGAUGCUCUCGUUUUGGAGGUUUUAAGUAACAUUUAUGGCAUUUUUUAGCCCUUUACGGCUUUUUGGAAACUGUAAAUACCAAACAUAUAGCUUAAAAACUACAGUAAAGUAUCUUUGUCUUAAUCGAGCAAUGUCAUCAAGAAUAGAAACUGACACAUUGGGUGAAAUUGAAGUUCCAUCAGAGAAAUAUUAUGGUGCUCAAACAGCAAGAUCUGUGAUGAACUUUCCUAUUGGUGAUCCUCAAACUGAAAGAAUGCCAAUUCCAGUCAUCAGGGCUUUUGGCUAUUUGAAAAAGGCUGCUGCCUCAGUAAACAAAGAAUAUGGUAUGGACUCUAAUGUUGCAGAAUACAUCAUGAAAGCUGCUGAUGAGGUUAUAGCAGGUAAAUUGGAUGACCAUUUUCCUCUGGUUGUGUGGCAAACUGGUUCUGGGACUCAAUCAAAUAUGAAUGUUAACGAAGUAAUCAGUAAUAGAGCCAUAGAAAUGAUGAAUGGUAAAAUAGGAAGCAAGACUCCUGUUCAUCCUAAUGACCAUGUUAAUAAAAGUCAGAGUUCAAAUGAUACCUUUCCAACUGCAAUGCACAUUGCUGCAGCAAUGGAAGUCCAUGAAAGGCUUGUACCUGGUAUUGAUAAACUUUACAAUGCUCUUGAGAGGAAGUCAAAUGAGUUCAAAGACAUUAUUAAAAUUGGAAGAACCCAUGCACAGGAUGCCACUCCACUUACAUUGGGUCAAGAAUUCUCUGGUUAUGCAACUCAAUUGAAAUAUGGUAAACAGCGAGUCUUAAAUGUAUUACCACGGGUAUAUGAGCUUGCUAUUGGUGGAACUGCAGUUGGAACUGGCUUGAAUACAAAACCAGGCUUUGCUGAAAAAAUGGCCUCAGCCAUUGCAGAGUUAACAUCAUUAUCUUUCACAAGUUCUUCAAACAAAUUUGAAGCUUUAGCUGCACACGAUGCCAUGGUUGAGCUACACGGAGCUUUAAAUGUUAUAGCAUGCAGUGUUAUGAAGAUUGCCAAUGAUAUUCGUUUCUUGGGCUCUGGACCAAGAUGUGGCCUCGGAGAAUUGUCGUUACCGGAGAAUGAGCCUGGUAGCAGCAUUAUGCCCGGUAAAGUCAAUCCAACUCAAUGCGAAGCUAUAACAAUGGUCGCUGCUCAGGUAAUGGGUAACCAAGUAGCCGUGAGUGUUGGCGGUAGUAACGGUCAUUUUGAAUUGAACGUCUUUAAACCAAUCAUAAUACGCAACGUUUUACAAUCGAUACGUCUCCUUGGUGACGCUUGUUCGGCUUUCACUGAUAACUGUGUAAAUGGCAUUAUUGCCAACCGAACGAAAAUAGAUCAACUCCUUCACGAGUCGCUUAUGCUUGUCACUGCCCUUAAUCCUUACAUUGGGUAUGAUAAAGCGGCAAAAAUCGCUAAAAAGGCUCACCAAGAAGGUAGCACGUUAAAGGAAGCAGCUAUGGCUCUGGGAUAUUUAACUGCAGAGGAGUUUGACGCUUAUGUUAAACCUGAAGAAAUGUUAGGACCCAAAUAGACUCCAAGAAUAUCUCUUGUUUAAUAUAUACGGUGUUAAUUUUUUCCAUCAAAAUUAAAAACUUCUCAGAAAUUUAGUAUGUUUUGUUAUAAGAUAUUAGCGAUAGAUAUUCUUGUUGCAAAGAAUACCUUUCAAAGUUUGAAAUGUUUUCUAUUGGUUUUUGAGAUUAAAUUUCUCUCCUCGAGCAAUCACA